AUGUCUGUGGUUAGUCGGUUACCAGAAACUGUGACGGAGAGGUCCAAGAAGGGAAAGGAGGUUGCCGAGAUGGUCCAGGCUUCUGAAGUGGUCACUUUUAUUUACAGACAUUGUGUUGAAUCUCAGGAAAUGAAUGGAAUAUUGAAGACCCUGCUGUCAGAUUGGUUUUCGAUAGGAUUCUUAAACCUUGAGCGUAUCACCUGGCAGUCCUCUUGUGAUCUGCUGCAGAAAAUUAGCGAGUAUGAAGCCGUGCAUCCUGUCAGAAACUGGGCAGAUAUUAAACGUCGAGUUGGACCUUAUAGAAGGUGCUAUGUUUUUACUCACAAUGCUAUGCCAAGGGAACCUCUGAUAGUUCUACAUGUGGCACUGACAGAUAACAUCUCUAAUAAUAUACAGGCUAUUGUCCGAAAAGAUCCUUCCCUGGAGACGACUGAGGAUGUGAACAAGGUCACCACAGCUAUUUUUUACUCCAUCAGCUCUUCACAGAGAGGACUGCAGGGGGUAGAGCUUGGAACCUACCUCAUCAAACGAGUUGUGAAAGAGCUUCAGAUUGAGUUUCCUCAUAUGAGCCAAUUCUCCAGUCUGUCCCCUAUUCCCGACUUCACGAAGUGGCUGCGUGGAACCCUCAGUUUCAAAAUCAAGGAAGGGAAAUUGAACCAGAUCUUUACAGAACUUGAAUACAAAGAAAUCCAGGACAUCAUUGAAGGACCUAUGUUAGAAAAACUUCAGCAUUUACUUUCUAACAAUGAAUGGGUGAAGUCUGACAAAUUAGUUCGAAUUCUUGAGACACCAUUUAUGCGACUUUGUGCCUGGUACCUAUAUGGAGAAAAACAUCGAGGGGGUGCCCUUGAUCCAGUAGCUAACUUUCAUCUUCAAAAUGGUGCUGUGAUAUGGCGAAUAAACUGGCUGGCUGACACAAGUCCUCGUGGUCUUUCAUCAUCCUUUGGAAUUAUGGCAAACUAUCGAUACUUCCUCGAAGAUGCCAAUCGAAAUAGUGCCCAAUAUUUGAGAACAAGACAGAUUGAGGCAUCUAAGCAAAUUCUGAGUCUUGUAGCUCAAUGUCAGACAAUCAGCAAACUUUAACUGGAGCUUCACAGGAAAAUGAACUGUUUUGAAAAUAAUGAAUUAAUUUUAACUAUCAUUAUUACUCGUUAGUGUUUAGAUAAGAAAUUGCAACAACAAAAAAAUUAAACAUGAAAUUUGUUGUGGAA